AUGACAGGAAGAUGCAUAAAGGAUAUCUUCAAACGAGCCCUUGAGGAGGAGAUGGAUGUGGCGUUGUUGGCUUUUACAAGUUGGGCAGUGUGGAAUAGACGAAACCAGGUUCGACUCAAGGAAACGACGUGUCCUCUUGAACAAAUACAUGCCUUGUCCAAAGACAGGAAGAACGAGUUUCAACUCCUUCAUCAAACGGUUGGAACGCCUCAGCAUAGGAAUCAUGUCAGAUGGAAGCCACCAGACCAAGGCCUUUACAAAGUUAACUAUGAUGGAGCCAUUUUUGCCCAGCAAGCAAGAGCUGGUAUUGGUGUCGUAAUCAGGAAUGAAGAUGGCGCUGUAAUGGCAUCGAUGGCACAACAACUGCCACUCCUAACAACAGUGGCCCAGGUCGAAGCAUUAGCCGCGAGAAGAGCCAUGGAAUUUGCAUUGGAUCUUGGCAUUACUAGAGUGAUUAUGGAACGAGACUCAGAAGUGAUUUGCAAGGAACUUAAAGACCCAAACCCGUCUCUAGCUUUGCACGGGCAUAUUCUUCAGGACAUUAAGUUUUUGUCAAGUACUUUUCAAUUUAUUGGUUCUUCUCAUGCACGUUGUCAAGGGAAUAAUGUAGCACAUGCAUUUGCAAGAAGGGCUGUUAGGGAAGCUAAUUUAACUGUCUGGAUGAAAGAUGUACCACCAGACAUUCACCACAUUGUUCAGGCUGAUUUAGCCAAUUUUGAUUAA